AUGGAAGUUUUGUCUUACAAGGCAAGGGGAGCCAAACGUAAACGCAAAUAUGAGUUCCAUCACCGUGAUGAAGCUUUCAUGGAAGAAGAAGAUGAUGAAGAUGAUGAAGAUGAUGAUGAAGAUGAUGAAAAUGAGGAGGCUGUUGCAGCUGGGUGGAUUGGCUCACCGUGGGAUAUGCCCGAGCGCCCACAGAUAAACAUAGAUGACCUCGAUUUGACCAGAUCAUACGUCAAUGAUUCAAACUUGAAGUAUAGCAUCAAGAGUGGAAGCUCCAGAGGAUUGUCGAGAAGACAGCCAAGAUGGACUCGUAAUGGCAAAGAGCCAUUGACAGAUUGUUCCAAAUUUCCUGAGGGUUGGAACAUGAAUGAACCUGAUCUAGAUCCUGAAGAUAUCGAUGCAAAUAUUCAACGGGCCAAGCAGCGGAUCGAGGAUAAUAUCAUGCCCCAUGCCUUUCAGUGGCGACUACACGAAUAUGAGAAGAAAAAGGGAUACCGCGACCAAAUUAUAUCGAAAUGGCCGAAUGGUUUAAGCUGGAAUGUCCUCCAACGACUUGAAUCUCUAGAGUUCUUACAGGGGAAAUUGGAGUUAGACGAUCCAUAUGAGCAACGCGCGAAUGUCAAGUCCAUUACAGUGGCAUACAAGUCUAAACAGCUAGAAAUCAAUGAUCUGGUUACAUAUUGGUCUCAUGGGACUCAAAUCAGCCAACCUCGACCUUUCAAUUGGGAUGAGCUAUUAACAAUCAACACCCACUACGAAGGAAGCAAAGGAUUUUGGGUUGAGGGGUAUAGAAUUGCUGUGAGGAUCCCUGGGGUCAAAUGGUGGACUGAACUGGACUUCAUCUUCGCCACUGGAUCUGAUCGAAUGGAGAUUUAUGAUAGCGAUAUACCGAUUAUAUGUGGCCCGAAUAACACUACAUUCAGGACAAUUGGAUCUACACAAGUGUAUGGAAGCAAUACUGAGGCCGAACGUCAGGUUAUUAUUGUUGAAGUCUGUCUCCUUGACGAAGAAUUCAAGCGAAUGACCCCUUGGACAAUGAUUGACUGCAAUAUUGUACCUGGAGUUCCUCGGAACCCGGCCGCGACUGGCGCGAUAGCGGCUAGAGUUGAUGGCCCGGUUUUCAGGCAUCUCCUUUAUAACUGUUUUGUUCCUGACGGUCAUAAGAAUAUCUUCAUCUCGAUUACCAAACGUGGUAUGCAUCUUCCAAAGCCUCUUGCAGUAGACGAGCGAGAACCACCUUCAAUCGGGGAAGGAAUCAUCAACCUGGAAACCACAUCUUUUCGAAAUCAGUGGCCCCCGGGACCUAUACCAGUUGCCCCGAAGAACCUCUCUCCAAGGGCUAAGGGCGUUCCAGGUCCAAAAUACGACACCUGGCCAACUGGAACCUAA